AUUCCGGUUCGCUGGACGGCUCCUGAAGCGAUCGCGUUCAGGAAGUUCACGAGCGCCUCUGACGUGUGGAGUCUCGGCAUUGUGAUGUGGGAGGUGAUGAGCUACGGCGAGCGGCCCUACUGGAACUGGAGCAACCAGGACGUCAUCAAGAGCAUAGAGAAGGGCUACCGCCUACCCGCCCCGAUGGAAUGUCCUGAGGCGAUCUAUCAAUUGAUGCUCGACUGCUGGCAGAAAGAACGCAAUCAUCGUCCGUCCUUCGCGUCCAUCGUCCACACUCUCGACAACCUCAUUAGAACACCUGAAGCUUUGGCCAAAGUCGCCCAAAACAGAUGCCAGACCGCUCUUGGUCUGGACUCUACAGACCUGACCCAGCUGGGCUCGGUUGAGGAGUGGCUGUCAUCACUGAAAAUGUCGCGGUAUCUCGAGAACUUCGAGAGCGCCGGACUGUCAGACGUGCAGUCGGUGGCGCGUCUCAACCAACGCGACCUAACCACUCUCGGCAUAACGCUCGUCGGUCAUCAAAAGAAAAUAUUACAAAGUAUUCAAACCUUACGAACGCAGCUUGCCGUCAGUAUGGCUGAAGGAUUCUUAGUUUAAUAAGCUCACUCAUUAUAGAUCUUUUCUAAUCUCCGCUAUGCGGGUUUCCGUAUUAUCUUUGCAACGUCUUCAUCACGCACUAAGUUGCUUCUGUAUAAUUUUUUCCCCUUCCAUAUCCUUUUCUUUGUAUGUUAAAUUCUGCCUGGAACACUUGUUGAAAAAGGUGUGUGAAGUGUGUGAAAUUAUCGGAAAACUUGAUUUCUUUAAAAUAUUUCAUAUUUUAAUAAUUUCAUUGUUCGUUCAUAGAAAGACGUCGAUUAAUUAUUUGUGGUAUAGUUGUGGUUAGAAUU